UUGAAACAGCAAAAGAAUGUUGUGAAUAUAUUGAUAAAUUUAUUCGUUCAAAACGUUUAUACGAAAAGAAAGAAAUUCAAAAACAAUUUUUAAAUCAAAUGGGGAAUGUUUGGAGUACUUGUAUUCAUUUAAAAAAUGGACAGAAUUAUCAUAUUGAAGAAAAUUUAAAAGGACAAAGGGAAAUUUGGAUGGAAAAAAUUGCUGAAAUUUUUAAAAAAUUGAAUAAAAGAGAUUUGAAUAAAUUCAGAAAUUUAAUAUUAGAUAAGACUGAUCAGGUAAAAGAAUUGUUUGAUUUAACUCCUAAAGAAUUGCUUAAAAGAAUUAAAACAUUGGAAGAUAACAAAAAGGGAGAAUCAUCUAAAAGUAACUUUGAAGAUAUUGGGAAUGAAUUGAAUGAAAAAAUUAAAGAGGAAUUGGAUAAGGAAAUUAAGGAAAUCGAAAAAGUGUAUACGAAGGGGAAAUUCAUUAAAAAUAAGGAAAUAAUUGAAGAAUUUGAGGAAGAAGAAAAAUUGAAGGAAGAAAAUAAUAGAAAAGUUGUGGGAAAAGAAGAAGUUGAUAUGAUGAAUAAAGGAAAGGGAAAAGUUUCAGAAUCACAAGAAAUAGUGGUGCUGAAUGAGGAAAAUAAUGAGAGAAAUUUGUUUAUUAAGGAAGGAAGCAAUAAUUUUAUGAAGAGGGAAAAGGAAGGAGUCGAGAAGGAAGAAAAACAGGAAAUUAACGAAGAAGUGGAAGGGGAACAACAAAAAGAUAAAAGAGAAGAAGAAGUGAUGGAAGAAGGAAAGGGUAAAAUAUUGGAAGAGGUUGAUGAUAAAGAAGAAGAAAACGAAAAAAAUUCUGAAGAAGAUUUAGACAAAAGUAAGGAAGGAUUGAAGGAAGGAGACGAAAUAAAUAUUAAAAAUAGAGGAAAAGGAAAAAUUAUUGAGGAGAAAAGUGAAAAAAGUAAAAAUAAUUUUAUUUUUACUAUAAUUAUUAAGUUGGGCUAG